AAUCGUCCAAGGCCCACUGGGCAUGCCUGAAAAAUAAGGCCACUAGAAACUCCCUCAGGUGUUCAAGUCUUUUCCCGCUCCUCGGAAUUUUCCCCUCUCAUUCGCAUUACUUUUAUUCUGAUGGAAACGGCGCGGGCUAGGACCCAGGAGGGGCGCAUUUCAAGUCCUACUGGCCCGGCAUUCGCGGUGGGCAACCCUUGCGAGGCCCGCGGUUCGCAGGGAGUUGGCGGUCGGAGCAGUGGCUCUGGAGAGCGACGCGAUGAAGCCCAGACCUGCAGGGUUCGUGGAUAAUAAACUCAAGCAGCGAGUCAUCCAGUACCUUACCAGUAACAAAUGUGGCAAAUAUGUGGACAUUGGAGUCUUAGCAUCUGAUUUACAAAGAAUGUACAGUAUAGACUAUGGUCGAAGAAAAAGAAAUGCUUUUAGGAUUCAGGUAGAAAAAGUAUUUAGCAUAAUUAGUAGUGAGAAGGAACUUAAGAAUUUAACAGAAUUAGAAGAUGAACAUUUGGCAAAAAGAGCAAGACAUGGUGAAGAGGAUAAUGAGUAUACUGAAAGCUAUUCUGAUGAUGAUUCAAGUGUGGAAGACUACCGAGAUCCACAGUCAGCAAAUCACAUGAACAGUUCCCUGCUGUCUUUAUAUCGGAAAGGAAAUCCUGAUUCUGUUUCAAAUACUCCUGAGAUGGAACAAACAGAAACCACCUCUUCAACACCACGGUUAAGUUCCAAAACAGCCUCCAUUCCCUUGAAGACUCCUGCCAAAGAUUCAGAGGGAGGAUGGUUUAUUGACAAAACCCCAAGUGGAAAGAAAGACAGUUUUUUCUUGGAACUAUCAGAUGAGAAAAGUAAUCCUAAGAAGCCAAUAACUGAGAUACAGGAUUCAAAAGAGUCUUCUCUUUUGGAGAGUGAUAUUAAACGGAAAGGCAGGCUAAAGAAUAAAGGAAGGAAAAGGAAGAAAGAAGAUCUUCAGGAAGUAGAUGGAGAAAUUGAAGCUGUCCUGCAAAAGAAAGCUAAAGCCGGGGGGUUAGACUUCCAGAUCUCCAACGUGAAGUUUGAAGAUGUUGGAGGCAAUGAUGUGACAUUAAAAGAGGUCUGCAAGAUGCUCAUUCACAUGCGUCACCCAGAGGUGUACCACCACCUGGGCGUCGUGCCCCCUCGUGGAGUUCUCCUUCAUGGGCCACCAGGCUGUGGAAAGACGUUACUUGCACAUGCAAUUGCUGGGGAACUUGACCUGCCAAUUUUGAAAGUGGCUGCUCCAGAGAUUGUGUCUGGAGUAUCCGGAGAGUCUGAGCAGAAGCUGAGAGAACUAUUCGAGCAAGCUGUGUCAAAUGCACCAUGUAUCAUUUUCAUUGAUGAAAUUGAUGCUAUCACACCCAAAAGAGAAGUUGCUUCAAAAGAUAUGGAACGAAGAAUUGUAGCCCAACUCCUAACCUGCAUGGAUGAUCUGAAUAAUGUGGCUGCUACAGCCCAGGUCCUAGUUAUUGGAGCUACUAAUCGACCAGACUCAUUAGACCCUGCUUUGAGACGUGCUGGAAGGUUCGACCGAGAAAUAUGCCUAGGUAUCCCAGAUGAAGCAUCCAGGGAAAGAAUACUUCAAACAUUGUGCAGAAAACUGAGGCUUCCUCAAGCUUUUGAUUUCUGUAACUUAGCACACCUAACUCCAGGCUUUGUUGGUGCUGAUCUGAUGGCACUGUGCCGAGAGGCAGCAAUGUGUGCAGUCAAUAGAGUCUUAAUGAAGCUACAGGAACAGCAGAAGAAAGAUCCUGAAAUGGAAGAUUUGCCAUCUAAAGGAGUCCAGGAGGAAAGGCUGGGAACUGAGCCCGCUUCUGAAACACAGGAUGAAUUACAAAGGCUGCUGGGGUUGCUAAGAGACCAAGAUCCCCUCUCAGAGGAGCAGAUGCAAGGACUGUGCAUUGAACUGAAUGAUUUCAUUGUUGCUCUAUCCUCAGUCCAACCCUCUGCCAAAAGGGAAGGCUUUGUCACUGUCCCUAAUGUGACAUGGGCAGAUAUUGGUGCCCUGGAAGACAUUAGAGAGGAGCUCACCAUGGCAAUAUUGGCACCAGUACGCAACCCAGACCAGUUCAAAGCUCUUGGAUUGGUGACUCCGGCUGGGGUGCUCCUUGCUGGUCCUCCUGGCUGUGGGAAGACUCUGCUGGCAAAGGCUGUUGCGAAUGAGUCUGGACUAAAUUUUAUAUCUGUCAAGGGCCCCGAAUUACUAAACAUGUACGUUGGUGAGAGUGAACGUGCUGUGCGACAAAUUUUUCAACGAGCCAAGAACUCAGCACCCUGUGUAAUAUUCUUUGAUGAAGUGGAUGCUUUAUGUCCUCGAAGAUCAGAUCGAGAGACAGGGGCAAGUGUCCGAGUGGUGAAUCAGCUACUUACAGAGAUGGAUGGUCUGGAAACACGCCAGCAGGUUUUUAUUAUGGCAGCCACUAACAGGCCAGAUAUAAUUGACCCUGCAAUCCUGCGCCCAGGCCGCCUGGACAAAACACUGUUUGUGGGUUUACCACCCCCUGCAGAUCGCCUUGCCAUCUUAAAAACUAUCACAAAAAAUGGUACCAAACCACCACUGGAUGCAGAUGUAAAUUUGGAAGCAAUUGCUGGUGACCUUCGCUGUGAUUGCUAUACGGGUGCAGAUCUCUCUGCUUUGGUACGAGAAGCUUCUAUCUGUGCCCUGAGACAGGAAAUGGCAAGACAGAAGAGUGGAAAUGAAAAAGGUGAACUCAAGAUUAGUAAUAAGCACUUUGAAGAAGCUUUCAAGAAAGUAAGAUCAUCUAUAUCAAAAAAGGAUCAAGUCAUGUAUGAACGUUUGCAGGAGUCCCUCAACCGGUGACGUCUCCAGCAACCGGCUCAAAGGAGCCAGCCCAUCAAGCCAGCAGAGAACCCUACACGCUCUGAAGGACCCGCUUUCAGCUGGACACAGGUGCUGUCUCAUGUAAGCAAUUUGUUUUCAAAUUAAUGAGGCCAAGCUGAAGCUGAAGAUUCUUCCCAUCUGACCAGUCUGGUGUGAAAAUGCCUUCUUCCUCUUUAAGAAAAAGGAAAAAUUUUAAACUGCUGAAAUAAAAUAACUGUUACACUUUUCAAAUAAAACUUUUACUUUGAACUA